AUGCAGACUUCUUCUACAAACAUUUGUGAAAGACUGUGCAAUAAGUCUAUCCGUGAAAUUUCCUUGCUACUAAAUAUUCCACGGUUAACUGUUAGUGGUAUUAUAACAAAGAGGAAACAACUGGGAACAACAGCAACUCAGCCACGAAGUGGUAGGCCACAUGAAAUGACAGAGCAAGGUCAGCGCAUGCUGAAGUCACCAACUGUCUGCAGAGUCAAUAGCUAAAGACUUCUAAACUUCAUGUGGCCUUCAGAUUAGCACAACAACCCGCGCUCAGAGAGCUUCAUGGAAUGGGUUUCCAUGGCUGAGCAGCUGCAUCCAAGCCUUAUAUCACCCAGUGCAAUUCAAAGCGUCAGAAGCAAUGGUGUAAACCUCACCAUUGGAUUUUAG